AUGCCUCUAAAAAAGAAAAGUAUUGGCGAUCUUAAGGAGUCUGAUUUACGAGGGAAGAAAGCACUUGUUAGAGUUGAUUUAGAUGUUCCAUUGGAUGGUAAUUUGAACAUCACUGAUGAUACUAAGGUUAAAGCUGCCGUUCCUACCAUUCAAUACUUAAUACGUCACGGAGCGAAAGUUAUUCUCUGUAGCCAUCUUGGACACCCAGAGGGUGUUAUUACGCCUAAAUACAGCUUGAAGCCUCUUGCGCCUAGAUUGAGUGAGCUAAUUCAGACAAAAGUUGGGAUGUCCAAUGAUUGUAUCGGGGAGGAAGUUGAGAAAUUGGUUGCAGAAAUUCCUGAUGGAGGUGUUCUACUCCUCGAAAAUGUGAGAUUCUAUAAAGAAGAAGAAAAAAAUGACCUUGAGUUUGCAAAGAAGCUAGCGUCUCUUGCUGACCUCUAUGUAAAUGAUGCGUUUCGAACUUCUCACCGACCUCAUGCUUCGAUAAAGAAAGUCACCAAGUUCUUAUUGCCGUGUGUUGCUGGGUUUCUUAUGCAGAAGGAACUCGAGUAUCUUGUUGGAGCUUUCUCAAGUCCAAAACUUGACUAUCUUACUGAAGCUAUACGAGUUAUCAAGUCUUUGUUGGGGAAAGUCGAUUCCCUCAUUAUUGGUGGAGGGAUGGCCUUCACAUUUCUCAAGGCCCUUAACCAUUCUGUUGGAAUAUCUCUUGUGGAGGAAGACAAGCUGGACAUUGCAAAAUCACUUGUUUAUAGGGCCAUAGCCAGGAGAGUGGGGUUUCUGUUACCAUGGGAUAUUGUAGUUGCUGAUAAAUUUUCUCCUGAUGCGAAUAGCAAGACAGUACCAGCAGCAAUUGGCAUCCCAGAAGGUUGGAUGGGACUGGAUGUUGGUUCACGGGCCAUUGAUAGAUAUAAUAAAUGUCUCGAUCAAGCUAAGACUGUCAUAUGGCAUGGAACAACCAUCGGAGUGCUUGGGAUGGAGAAGUUUGAUCUAGGAACAAAGGCAAUUGCUACCAAGUUGGCAGAGCUAAAUGGGAAGGGAGUAACAACCAUCAUUGGAGGUGAUGACGUAAUUGCAACUCUGGAGAAGCUAGGUCUGGUAGACAAGAUGAGCCACAUCUUGCUUAGAGGAGAUGCCUACAAGGAGCUUCUAGAAGGCAAAUCAAUACCUGGAAUUCAGGCUCUAAAUGAUAUAACUGCUUAUUAUAGUAGUUUUGCAAUUAGUAACAGGGAACUUAGUUGA